AUGGCCGACGAGGCCCCCAGGAAGGGCGGCUUCCCGGCGCUGGUCGGGCACACCAACGGGCUGUCCAAGCCCGCGGCGCUCGCCGCCGCCGCCGUGUCCUCCAAGCCGGGCGCCGGCGGCUCCAAGAAGCUGGUCAUCAAGAACUUCCGAGACAGACCGAAGCUGCCUGACAACUACACUCAGGACACCUGGCAGAAGCUGCGCGACGCCGUGCGAGCCAUCCAGGGCAGCACCUCCAUCAGACACAAUCUGGAGGAGCUCUACCAGGCCGUGGAGAAUCUCUGUUCUCACAAAGUCUCCUCCACCCUCUACAAGCAGCUCCGCCAGGUCUGCGAGGACCACGUCCAGGCGCAAACCCUGCAGUUCAGGGAAGGAUCCCUGGACAGCGUGCUGUUCCUCAAGAGGGUGGACACCUGCUGGCAGGACCACUGCAGGCAGAUGAUCAUGAUCAGAAGCAUCUUCCUGUUUCUGGACCGCACCUACAUACUCCAGAACUCCAUGCUGCCUUCCAUCUGGGACAUGGGGCUGGAGCUGUUCCGGACCCACAUCAUCAGCGACAAGGCGGUGCAGAGCAAGACCAUCGAUGGCAUCCUCCUGCUGAUCGGGCGCGAGCGCAGUGGCGAGGCGGUGGACCGGAGCCUGCUGCGCAGCCUGCUGGGCAUGCUCUCCGACCUGCAGGUGUACAAAGACUCGUUUGAACUGAGGUUUCUGGAGGAAACUAACUGUCUGUAUGCGGCAGAAGGCCAGAGGCUGAUGCAGGAGCGAGAGGUCCCGGAGUACCUUAACCAUGUCAGCAAGCGCCUGGAAGAAGAAGGAGACCGGGUGAUCACCUACCUGGACCACAGCACACAGAAGCCGCUGAUUGCCUGCGUGGAGAAGCAGCUCCUCGGCGAGCACCUGGCAGCCAUCCUACAGAAAGGGCUGGACCACUUGCUGGACGAGAACCGCGUGCCGGACCUCACCCAGAUGUACCAGCUGUUCAGCCGCGUGAAGGGCGGGCAGCAGACGCUGCUGCAGCACUGGAGUGACUACAUCAAGACUUUCGGCACGACGAUCGUCAUCAAUCCUGAGAAGGACAAGGACAUGGUGCAGGACCUGCUGGACUUCAAGGACCGGGUGGACCAUGUGGUGGACGUGUGCUUCCAGCGGAGUGAGAAGUUCGUCAACCUGAUGAAGGAGUCCUUUGAGGCCUUCAUCAACAAGAGGCCCAACAAGCCUGCGGAGCUCAUCGCCAAGCACGUCGACUCGAAGCUGAGGGCGGGCAAUAAAGAAGCCACGGACGAAGAGCUGGAGCGGAUCCUGGACAAGAUCAUGAUAAUAUUCAGGUUCAUCCACGGUAAAGAUGUCUUUGAAGCAUUUUAUAAAAAAGACCUGGCAAAACGACUCCUUGUUGGAAAAAGUGCCUCUGUCGACGCUGAGAAGUCGAUGUUGUCAAAACUUAAGCAUGAGUGUGGCGCCGCCUUCACCAGCAAGCUGGAGGGCAUGUUCAAGGACAUGGAGCUCUCCAAGGACAUCAUGGUGCACUUCAAGCAGUACAUGCAGAACCAGAGCGACCCGGGCUCCAUCGACCUGACGGUGAACGUCCUCACCAUGGGCUACUGGCCGACCUACACGCCUGUGGAGGUGCACCUGCCGCCCGAGAUGAUCAAGCUUCAGGAAGUCUUCAAGACCUUCUACCUUGGGAAGCACAGUGGUCGGAAGCUGCAGUGGCAGACGACGCUGGGCCACGCCGUGUUGAAGGCGGAGUUCAAGGAAGGAAAGAAGGAGUUCCAGGUGUCCCUCUUCCAGACGCUCGUGCUGCUCAUGUUCAACGAGGGCGACGGCUUCAGCUUUGAGGACAUAAAGAUGGCCACUGGCAUAGAGGACAGUGAGUUGCGGAGGACGCUGCAGUCCCUGGCCUGCGGGAAGGCCCGUGUCCUGACCAAGAGCCCCAGGGGGAAGGAGGUUGAAGACGGGGACAAGUUCAUCUUCAACGGCGAGUUCAAGCACAAGCUGUUCCGAAUCAAAAUUAACCAAGUCCAGAUGAAGGAGACUGUGGAAGAGCAGGUCAGCACCACCGAGAGGGUGUUCCAGGACCGGCAGUACCAGAUCGACGCCGCCAUCGUGCGCAUCAUGAAGAUGAGGAAGACCCUGGGCCACGCCCUGCUGGUGUCGGAGCUCUACAACCAGCUCAAGUUCCCUGUCAAGCCCGGAGACCUGAAAAAGAGAAUCGAGUCGCUCAUCGACAGAGACUACAUGGAGCGAGACAAGGACAGCCCGAACCAGUACCACUACGUGGCCUGAGCCGGCCCCGCCCGCCGCCGGGGCUCUGCGGGCGCUGGGCAGGCAGGGAGGGCGGCAGAGUCUCUCCCGACAGCCCUUCCUCCUGCCGGGGUGCCGGCCUGGGCUCGGUCCGGGUCAGUGAGACUCUAAGGUGGGCCGAGAGACACUGGUCGGGUCGGCUCCCCUGGGGCUUGCGCCCCUGAAGCGGGAGCAGGAUGUCCGCCUGCCCUCGUGUGCAGGGUCACCGCCGCGCCCACAGCGGCCCCGGGGACGCGGCCUCAGUUUCCUUUCUUUUCAAAGAGCUCACGCCCUGGCGGCCACGAUCUCUUAUGGGCGCUCUGGGCGGGCUGCAGGUGUGCCAAGUGGGGCCUGCUGUGGGCACGGGCCCAGUGCUUCCCGCCCUGCCGCGCCCCCGCUGACCUGCUGGGGAGGUGGGGAGGUGCCGGGUCCGAGCCCCUCCCCGCCCGGCGGAAGGGCUUGGUGGGCGCGGGCCGCGCGGCGUGCCUGCGGGUGCUGACGUCGUGCGCGACUACAACAAAGAUACUUUUGUGAUAACAUUUGAAAGUACUUUAUAUUUUACAUGAUAGCAUGUUUCAUUUUGAUUAAAAGCUACCAAAGGAAUUUUGAUCAUGGUAUAAGUGUUUAAAGCAAUAUUUUCUGGAAUAUACCAAGUUUAUAUAAUUUGAUUUUAUGCUAAAUUAUUAAAAGAUUUUCCCUUUUUGAAACAUGCGUGUUUAGAAUAUGCUAUCUGGGUUUGCACACGAAAGGCCUCGCUCCUUGCGUGUCAUCGUUUCUAUAUUUGUGAAUUUUCAUUUGUGAGUUCGUAAGGUGGUCUUGAAGGGCCAGUAGCUUUCUACUUCUUACAAGUUCAUUGUCUGUAGAGAUUGUUAAUAUUGUAAUUUAACGUAGACUGACUGAAUAAAAUUAGUUUAAUCAACCUGACAAUCACAUUGUGAGAACUUGGUGGUGUCGGGCUCAGCCCCCU